AUGGAUGUUAAUUCAGUGAAUGUCUUAAAUCAUGAUUCUGGAAAUGGUUUGGUGUCUUCAAAACAGCUUUGCCAUCCUGGGAAUUGUUGCGUGGAUGAAUCUCCCGGUGAUAGUGUGAAGGAAGGCAAUCUGCUGGAUGGUAAGUCAAUAUCAGAAAUUCCUCCGGUGUCUUCUGAACAACUUUGCCACUCUGAUAAUCACCUCACGGGUGAUUCUCACGUUGAUAGUGCAACAGAAGGUAAUCUGUCGGAUGGUAAGUCAAUGACAGAAAUUCCCCUGGUUUCUUCAGCACGACGUUACUACUCUGAUAAUCCCCGCAUUGAUGAUUCUCUCUUCGAUAAUGAAACAGAGGGUAAUUCAUUGGAUGGUAAGUCAAUGUCAGAUAUUCCUCUGGUGUCUUCGGAACUACUCUGCCACUCUGAAGAUUACUGCGUGGAUGAAUCUCAGGUUGACAAAGCAACAAAUGGUGCUCUAUUGGAGGGUACGCUAUUUUCAGGAACAAGUGAAACCAACAUAAAUUUAAAUUAUAGUGAAAAAUUAGAAACUUGCAAACAAGACACUGUAUGUUUUAAUGAUGUAGAUUUAUGUACUUUCAAUAAUUGUAAAAGGGACGUUGAACAAUUGGAUAAAAUUCAAUUUUCUGACAGUGAGCGAGGGGAAGUUUUUACGAGCAAGCAGUUAAGUAGGAUAAAUGAUGACAUAAAAUACAACGAUAGAACUGAAAAAAGAACAUGUUUCCCCAAGACUAUUUUUCCAAAAAAUAUCAAAUGUAAAAAUUCGGAGGAUGCAACAAAUAUCGAAGCAGAUGAAGACGAAUUAGAUGUACAAGAAUUUUCGGAAAGAAGUGAAAGUAUUGAAGAAAAAAAUGAAUGUGAUAAAGCUAGUCCAAAACUGAAAACUAUGAUUUCGAUUGAGAUAACGGAAGAUAUAUCAACAAGUUCCUUAGCUGAAUCAGAAAGCAAAAAUGAUUCGCUGAAAAGUAGCCUUCACGUUUUCGAUGAAGACCGUCCAAUGAUUUCUCGUAGUACUUCUCUUAAAACAGGCAAAACGCCACCAGGCACACCUAGGAAAAAAAUCGUUCGUUUUGCUGAUGUUCUUGGCUUAGACUUGGAAGAUGUCCGUCACAUAAUGUGUAGUGACUUACCAAACAUACCUUCUUCAGCUUACACUGAUCUUGUUCUGAGUGAUGAUGACAAGCCGACUCCAACUAACGAGGUAGUUGUCCUCCAAAACACUCAGAAUGACUCAGCCUUCAAGUCAGCAGCUGGUUUUAAUUCUUUGUAUCCGAUGUUCUCUGUUCCUGGUCUGAUGUCAGAUUUUAAAGAAAGAGUUCAUGCGCAGGGUAUUUGCCUGGAGUCAGUGACUGUGUCAGAUUUGAGCAUACAGUGUACUUGUAGAGUUAUGAACUGGGGUUAUAAGAAGAGGGUUGUUGCCAGAUAUACUGUUAACGAUUGGGCAUCUUCCAAUGACAUUGAUGCAUCUUACAUCGCGGGGUCGACACAAGAUGAUUCGGACGCUUUUUCUUUCAAUAUAUUUUUGUCACCUUUUCACAAAAAUGUUAAAUUCGCUUUACGUUACCAAGUCAAUGGAAAAGAAUACUGGGACAAUAAUAGGGGAGAUAAUUACUGUUUUGGGUAUUAUAGCGACGGACGCAGCUCUCCAAGUACUAGUACUACAUGGGUUCACCAAUUUUGGUAGAUCAAAACUAUCAAUUCUGGCAAAUAUGUAAGAAAUUUAAAUUUAUUUAUAUUUUGCAAAAAGUUUGAAGUUGAAUAUUUAUUACAAGUAUAUUUUCAGUCAUUAUGUCAUCAUAAAAGUUUCUUUUAUUAUUUGUGAUAAUUUUUUAAGUUUUUACUUGUUAACAAUGAUGAUUAAAAGUGCAUUAUGUGAAAUGUUUUGAGAAAAAUGUGUCAGAACUUGUACACAUUAAAAUCUCUUAGUGGUGCUUUGAAAUUAUCAAAAGUAAUUGAUAUAUAGCAAAAAUGUUGGUAAUGCCAUUUGUAAUUACGACAUAUUUUUGAUCAAGUCUAUAAUGCAUGAAUUG